GGUCCAAAGAAAUAGUUGAAGGUUGCUGGACAUGGACUGAAGCUGACAUCUAGGGUUCCAUUGGCUCUUCCACCACAGAUGGAGAGUUGGGUAUCUAGAUCUGGUUUAUCUUCACUUCAGAGAACCAGUCUGAACAAGAUAGACACAAAUCUUAUCUCUGCAUUUGUGGAAAGAUGGCAUCUAGAGACAUCUUCAUUUCACAUGCCGUUUGGUGAAAUGAGCAUUAGUUUGGAUGAUGUCUCAUGUCUACUUCACUUGCCCAUCAGGGGUAUCUUCUGGAGUCCUCGGGAUGUGACGGAAGAGAUAGCUGUUGAACUUGCUGUUGACUACUUAGGAGUGUCACAGGGUGAGGCACAAUCACAUGUUCGUAGCUGCAGGGGUUCGUAUUACAAGUUGGAGUGGUUAUAUGAUUUAUUCGUACAACAUAGAGCUGCUUCCAGCUGGACAUAUGCGACCAGAGCAUAUCUGUUGAUGUUGGUGGGUUCCACCAUUUUUGCCGAUAAGACCUUUACACUUGUAGAGGCACGAUACCUCCUCCUGUUUACGGACUUAGAUAGAUGUUCAGGAUAUAGUUGGGGAGCAGCUGCACUAGUUACCCUAUACAGAUAUCUUGGAGAUGCGUCCAUGUACAGUUGCAAACAGCUCGGUGGAUAUCCUACUCUCCUACAGUGUUGGAUUCACGAAUACUUUCCAACUGUUGGAAAAAGAGGGGAGAAUUGGAAACCAGCUGAUAAUUGUGGUCUUCCCCGAGCGAUGAGAUGGUCGUAUAGGCAAGGAGUCCUGAAGGUUGAUGAUUUACGACCUAUUUUGGACGAGUUGACACCUGCCGACGUCAUAUGGCGUCCAUUUGAGGAUCAUAGAGUAUGGCGUCUGUUUGAUGAGAUAUGUCUCUACAGGGGCUGUUUGAAGUGGGGUGAAACAUUACCAUCAGAGUGUUAUCGCUGUGAUCGAUCCAUCUACCAUGGCCAUCACUCCAUCUGA